AUGGAACAAAUUUGUCUGGUAUGUACUGCAGUAUCUACUGAACCCCAUUAUGGUGCAGAUGUGUGUCGAGCAUGUGCUGCCUUUUUCCGUCGUCGUGUGUUUUCCCGGUUUCCAGCGAAAUGUGAUCAAGUUGGCACAUGUGAAAUCACCAGUGAACGUGAAGUGAGACAAUGUAAAGCGUGUCGAAUGGAGAAAUGUUUGAAGAUUGGAAUGCAGGUGUCGAAUGUACAAAAUAAACGAGACAAACAUGACAAUGAGAAGAUUUUUGGGAACAGGAGAUCUGAGUUAUCAGAGAAAUCAUUGGCACCCGCAUGCUAUUCAAAAGUGAAUGUUCUUCCGUUGGAACUGCAAUGCUCUUCCUCUUCUUCUGACUACGAUUACAAUAGUAUGCGUCUAAAAUCUCUUCAUUUGAAUUUCACGGAAAUGCUACAGUUGAGAAAACGAAUAUUUCCAAGAAGACGAGUCACUAGAUCUCUUCAUCAUGCUGAAGCUUUAACUAUAUUCAGAAAGGAUGUGAAACUUGCUGCUGACUGGAUCAACAACACUUUUCCAGAACUCUCGCAAUGCCUGGAACCCUCUCAGCAGAAGAUUCUUUUUAGAAAUUUCUAUUUGAAAUGGACAGUGUUUGAACCUGCGUAUCUAGCUGUUCUUCUUGGAAAACCAAACACGUAUCACCUGCCAACUGGAGAUAUUGUUGACGAAGUUGGCAUAUACUACACACGUCAUUUAGGAACUCCUCCGUCGUAUAGCUUGGAUGAAGUAUCGAGAAUAUUUUCUCCAUAUUGGACGGAUUUUCGGAAUACACUUGUCGACCCAGUGAUAGAUGCAAAACUGUCGAUUCAUGAGUUCCUUCUCUUAUGUUCGAUAUGUCUUUUUGAUGUUGGAUUAGAUGGACAAUCAGAAGAAUGUAUUCAGUUCUGCCAGAAAGCUCGACAAGAACUGUUUCGAGAACUGAAUGUAGUAUGCAAGCACUUGUGUGAAUCAACUAAAUCGUCGGAGAAUUCCUGCUUUCGGUUUGCUCAGAAUAUGUUGUUACUUCCUUCAAUUCAAAGAGGAAUCGAUGUUUUUGAGGAGGAAUUACAGUUGGGAGGAUUGUACAAAUUGAUAUCAACUAGCACAGAUGAUUGGUAUGCAAUGGUCGAUGGGCCGAGUUUUGAGAAAAAGGAACUGAAAGUUAAUAAUUUAUAA